GUCCCCUUCCUCGUCUUUUCCCCUCAGGAGAAGUCGGGAAGGUGGCGGCGGUGGCGGUUGUCCCGGCUGGGCUGGUUGGUGUGGCUCGUCAGCCCGCGCACCGCAGCGCCUGCGCCGCGUCGAGCCCAGUAGAGCCGAGCCGCGGCGGCCGGGUCCGGCGCGGGCGGCGUGCGCUGACGGAGGGCGGCGGCCGCGGCCAGGGCGGCCCGUGGGACCGCGGGCCCCCGGCGCAGCGCCGCCCGGCUCCCGGCCCUGCCGGCCUCCUCCCUCGGCACCGCGGCCAUGGCGGCCAGCGCGAAACGGAAGCAGGAGGAGAAGCACCUGAAGAUGCUGCGGGACAUGACCGGCCUCCCGCACAACCGAAAGUGCUUCGACUGCGACCAGCGCGGCCCCACCUAUGUGAACAUGACGGUCGGCUCCUUCGUGUGUACCUCCUGCUCCGGCAGCCUGCGAGGAUUAAAUCCACCACACAGGGUGAAAUCUAUCUCCAUGACAACAUUCACACAACAGGAAAUUGAAUUCUUACAAAAACAUGGAAAUGAAGUCUGUAAACAGAUUUGGCUAGGAUUGUUUGAUGAUAGAUCUUCAGCAAUUCCAGACUUCAGGGAUCCACAAAAAGUGAAAGAGUUUCUGCAAGAAAAAUAUGAAAAGAAAAGAUGGUAUGUCCCACCAGAACAGGCCAAAGUCGUGGCAUCAGUUCAUGCAUCUAUUUCAGGGUCCUCUGCCAGUAGCACAAGCAGCACACCUGAGGUCAAACCACUGAAAUCUCUCUUAGGGGAUUCUGCCCCAACACUGCACUUAAAUAAGGGCACACCUAGUCAGUCCCCAGUUGUAGGUCGUUCUCAAGGGCAGCAGCAGGAGAAGAAGCAGUUUGACCUGUUAAGUGACCUUGGCUCAGACAUCUUUGCUGCUCCACCUCCUCAGUCAACAGCUACAGCCAAUUUUGCUAACUUUGCACAUUUCAACAGUCAUGCAGCUCAGAAUUCUGCAAAUGCAGAUUUUGCAAACUUUGAUGCAUUUGGACAGUCUAGUGGUUCGAGUAAUUUUGGAGGUUUCCCCACAGCAAGUCACUCUCCUUUUCAGCCCCAAACUACAGCAUUUAGAAUGCUUUCAUCUAGCUGCAGUUUUGGUGAAUUUACUUCAGCUUUUCCUCUUCAGGCUACCCACAGUGGAAGUGCUGCAUCAGUAAAUGCUAAUUUUGCUCAUUUUGAUAACUUCCCCAAAUCCUCCAGUGCUGAUUUUGGAACCUUCAAUACUUCCCAGAGUCAUCAAACAGCAUCAGCUGUUAGUAAAGUUUCUACAAACAAAGCUGGUUUACAGACAGCAGACAAAUAUGCAGCACUUGCUAAUUUAGACAAUAUCUUCAGUGCCGGGCAAGGUGGUGAUCAGGGAAGUGGCUUUGGGACCACAGGUAAAGCUCCUGUUGGUUCUGUGGUUUCAGUUCCCAGUCAGUCAAGUGCAUCUUCAGACAAGUAUGCAGCUCUGGCAGAACUAGACAGCGUUUUCAGUUCUGCAGCCACCUCCAGUAAUGCGUAUACUUCCACAAGUAAUGCUAGCAGCAAUGUUUUUGGAACAGUGCCAGUGGGUGCUUCUGCACAGACACAGCCUGCUUCAUCAAGUGUGCCUGCUCCAUUUGGAGCUACGCCUUCCACAAAUCCAUUUGUUGCUGCUGCUGGUCCUUCUGUGGCAUCUUCUACAAAUCCAUUUCAGACCAAUGCCAGAGGAGCAACAGGCCUUUCUGGAGCAAUGCAUUCUCAAGUGUUUCCUCACGCUCAUUUUGCGGCAACCUUUGGCACUGCAUCCAUGAGCAUGCCCACGGGAUUUGGCACUCCUGCUCCCUACAGUCUUCCUACCAGCUUUAGUGGCAGCUUCCAGCAGCCUGCCUUCCCGGCCCAAGCAGCUUUCCCUCAACAGACAGCUUUUUCUCAACAGCCCAAUGGUGCAGGUUUUGCAGCAUUUGGACAAACAAAGCCAGUGGUAACCCCUUUCGGUCAAGUUGCAGCUGCUGGAGUAUCUAGUAAUCCUUUUAUGACUGGUGCACCAACAGGACAAUUUCCAACAGGAAGCUCAUCAACCAAUCCUUUCUUAUAGCCUUAUAUAGACAAUUUACUGGAACGAACUUUUAUGUGGUUACAUUACAUCUCUCCACCUCUUGCACUGUUGUCUUGUUUCACUGAUCUUAGCUUUAAACACAAGAGAAGUCUUUAAAAAGCCUGCAUUGUGUAUUAAACACCAGGUGAUAUGAGCAAAACCGAGGGCUCCAGUAACACCUUUUAACCUGAAUUGGCAGAAAAGGGUAGCGGUAUCAUGUAUAUUAAAAUUGGCUAAUAUUAAGUUAUUGCAGAUACCACAUUAUUAUGCUGCAGUACUGUACAUAUUUUUCUUAGAAAUUAGCUAUUUGUGCAUAUCAGUAUUUGUAACUUUAACACACUGUUAUGUGAGAAAUGUUACUGGGGAAAAGAUCAGCCACUUUUUAAGGUGCUGUCAUAUAUCUUGGAAUGAAUGACCUAAAAUCAUUUUAACCAUUGCUACUGGAAAGUUACAGAGUCAAAAUUGGAAGGUUUUAUUCAUUCUUGAAUUUUUCCUUUCUAAAGAGCUCUUCUAUUUAUACAUGCCUAAAAUCUUUUAAAAUGUAGAGGGAUACCUGUCUGCAUAAUAAAGCUGAUCAUGUUUUGCUACAGUUUGCAGGUGAAAAAAAUAAAUAUUAUAAAAUAUGCUAUUGUUUUUGUGUUCUUGCUGCAAUGCCUUUACCAAAGUGGCCUUAAAUAUGAGUAGUGAAUUGAGAACAUCUUGAAUUCUUAAAAGACUUCUUAGUUACUUUUUAUAAAAAGGCCAUGUAGAAAAGUUAUUAAAACUACUAUGACUGCUACAUUCAGGAAUAUGUCAGUGGUAAAGCAUUUAAAUGUAGCUUGUCAGAUUUACCAUAAUCCUUCUAAUUUCUUUGCAGCUUAUUAAUUUUGUGAAAUUUGUAUAUAUGAAGAAUUUGCAUGUAUGUGUAUUUACAAAUUUUUCUAAGUAUCUUGAAUUCUCAGACUGCAAAAGGCCUAUUUUAACUAUUGAUUUUUUAAAAACAAUAUUGUCUUUGAAUGUAUUGGAAGUAGACAUGCAUUAACUGUGACAUUAUUGCACCUCAGUUCUCUUCUUUCUUUGGGCAAACGAUAUUAUAUCUAGGAUAUUUGUUUAUGUUUGUUUUUUGGGGGAAAGAAACUGGAACUCAGUGUUACCUUGAAGUUAUGGGAUACUUUGUUUAAAAAGGCAAAGAUACUAAGUUUAGUAUGUAACUCAGAAACUUGGAAUAGUUUUUUAAAUGUGUGUUAGAGCUUAUGCAUUUGUUUUUAUGAGGGAUUUUAAUAAACUUCGUUAUUUGCUUGUCCAGACUAUAGCAUAUUAGCAGUUUAGAAGGGAUGGCUUGCAAGGAAGGCGACUGGAAAAAAAACUCUGAGGAGCAUACACUGUCCAAGGCCAUUAGUGUAAGGACCACUAGCCAGCCUAGAGGACAUCACUAUACUACAUCAUCUGAUGAUCAGUCUUUACUGUGCCUCUAGGUAAUCAAGGUAAUGAAGGUGAAAUUGCAUACACAGAUAUGUAGUACAUGUUUUAAAAGUUUUAUCUUGAAUUGAUUAAAACUUUUUAAAAAGCUUUGGUAUUCAAAGAGGUAAACGUUAAUUUACUCAAAUAUUUUAUUCAUGUUGAAUGCCUUUUGCAAUGAUGACUGAGUUGUUAUCAUAGUAUUUUAAAAUCUGCAUGGUGUUUUAGACUUGUUAAAACAUUGCUGUCCAGUGUACAUCUAGCCGAAAGUGUGGUUUAUCUGAACCGUUUUAAUAAGCAAGAUCACUGGGAAAUCACUGCCCCUUUUCUGAGUAGUAUGCCUCUUCUUUUAGAAUUAAAUGAAUGCUUCACAGGUCCAGGUGUGUGUUGAUGUAGGCUUGAAAUGUCUCUACAUUUUGGGGGACUUCCUCAGCCCUUUUCAUUGAGGGAAAAUUUGAAUUUCUGUUUUAGAUUGUAUCGGGUCCCAGUUGAUGAUGUGUACGAAGUUAUAUACUACCUAAUUAUAGGCCAUUACCCAAAUAACCUACCAGGUUUUCCCUCUGAGUAGUAAAUUAAACAGUUGUUAUCAAAAUAAUUUUAAAGACUCUUUCUUUUUCUGGGUAACUAUUGAAGUUUGUAAUUAAAUGGGAGCUCCUACUCACUUUAAAUUAGUGCUUAUAAAAUAGAAAUGUUUAGUUUAAGAAGAGACCCAAGCUGGGUAUGGUGAUGCAGAGCGUGUAGUCCUAGCUACCCUGGAGGUGAGGUGAGACAUCACUUGAGCCUAAGAUUUGGGGGUUGCAGUGAGCUGUGAUCACUCCACUGAACACUAGCCUGGGUGAUCAAGUGAGAUCCUAUCUCAAAAGAAUUAAAAAAAGAGAGAGAGAGAGGGGGGUAGCUUUAAGGUAUUAUAAGUAUUAACGUAGUUUUUCAUAUGAUAUUGACUGUUUAUUAUUAAAGAAAAUUAGCUUUUGUUAGACUUUUAUAUUCAGAUUUGUUCUAGUUUUAUAUAGACCAUCAAAAUUAUGUUGAAUACUAAAAAGGAGGAAAAAAAAAUCCUGGAAGGGUAACAAGGCUGAAAACCUCCAAAUUUCCUGGCUUACUGGUUUAGUCCGAUCAUUUUUCCUGUUCAGGUAUCUAUCUGCAGGUAUCCCUGUUCAGGAAGGAGGAUCUUUUUUUGGGAUGGCAAACUUUUGACAUAGUUUAAAGACAUUUUUUCCUUAUUUUUUGAAAUAGAGAAUAUUUUACUAUUUUUGUGAAAAAAUAAUUCCUUUUAUUAAUUUGUAAAAGCAUGUCAUUUCUUUACCUGUGAGAUUCCCUGCCCCUUACACACACACACACACACACACACACACACACACACUCUCUCUCUCUCUCUCUCUCUCUCUCUCUCUCUCUCUCUCUCUCUCUCUCUCUCUCGUACAGUUCCCACCAGUUGCCAACAUGAAGAGGGUGACCUGGCUGCUGCUUUACCAGUGUACGAACAUCUCUGGAGCAUUUUAGUCUCAGGACCAUAACUCUUAUUGAAGAUCCCCAAAGAGCUUUUGUUGAUGUCGUUAUAUCUCUCAGAAUUUACUGUAUUGAAAUUAAUACUGAGAUAUUUCUAAAACAUGUUCAUUUAAAUAUAACAAUAAUAAACUACUUGCUAGCAUAAAUAACAUUUUUGAUAAAAAUAACUUUUCCAAAGCAAAAACUAAUGAGAACAAGGAACAUGUUUUACAUUUUAUGCAUUUAAAAAAACUGGCUUAAUAAAAGCAGUGAGAGCAUUCCAACUUAAAAAAAAAAAUUACACAGCAUACACACUGGAAAAUUCCACUAUGCACUUGUGAAAUUAUGAGAAAGAAAAAGAUAUAUAAUGUCUUAGUAGGACAAUGAAAAUAGUUUGACCUUUCACAGCCCUUCAAAGAAAGGGUCGUAGACCUUAAGGGUCUCCAGACCCUUUGAGAACCACGAUACUUUAAAUUUGUUAGAACAGUAUUCACUUGUUCUAACAUACUACCUCCUGAGGUUUUUUUGUGUUUGCUAGUGAGAAAAACUGAAAUUGCAGAUGUUUUAACACUAACUACUUCAAGGUAAUAAUAGCAGUGAUAUUACGUAUGGGGUAUGUAUCAGACAGUCACUUGCCAAAUGAUUUUCAUAUUUCAUCUCCUACAGUCCCUGCAGUGAACCCAUACUUUUAGGAUGAAAGAAGCAAAGCAUAGAGAGGUGACGCUAGUGGUAGCUUUUGCUCUGGGGAACAGAUUUGGAUUAAAAUGCUAUCACAUUUCUUUACAAGUACAUUCCUUAAUAUUUUGAAAUUCCGAACAAGUUACAUUCUAUAUCUUGUAUACCUAAAAAAAAAAUUUAAUCACUUGAAUUCUUUUCAUAAUUUGAUGAAGUCAAUACAGUUUAUUCUUGGGUUUUUUUUUUUUUUAACUUUAGAAGUAAUACGGUAACUAGUGGAGCGUGUUUUAAAUUGAAGACUCAUCUGAAGUGUCAAAGACUCCUGUUUUGUAAAGCAUUCCACCUUUAUUGUUACAGUAUGUGCCCUAUACAGUUUUAAAAUUUACUUUUAAAAAGGUAGUAUAAUUAAAAUUUCUAUUAACCUGUUGUAUUGAGUUCAUCCUCAUUAGCUAAAAUUUUCUUUUUAUAUUUUAAAAUUUAGUGACAUUAAACUUUUCAUGUGGUUGUUUGUGAACAAACGAAUAUAUAACCACAAUGUAAUCUAGUGUGCUGCUGAAUGUUUAACAACCAUCUUUCACGAAAGAAAAAAGGCCCUGUUUUGUAGUGUUUACUAAUAUUUGUGGUAUAAAUACUAUCUCCAUGGUGAUUUUACCUGCCAAUCUGAUGUCGUUAAAUGCGGUUUAAAGAGAUAGCAGACCAGUGGCUCUCCCAAGCCUUUACAAACCAGCUCUAGCACAGUAAGGACAUGUAAUUCCACAACUCAUUGAUUACAUUUAUUGUUCAUUUGAUGAUUAUAUCCAGUAUUUGAAGAUCUUUUAUGUUGUUAAUUCAUUCAGCAAGCAUUUGGACACGUGUUCACUUUUAGAGAUAUACUGGGCACUGAGGUGUUUAAUCUGCAAAGAGCCAAGUGUUGUGAACCAUGGUUUUUAAAAGUCCAAUUGUUGUGCUUUUAUAGGGGAUUGUACAUUCAAGGCUUACACUCUGAAUUCUGUGUACAGUUCUGUUUUGUUUGACCAGCACAGUGUUUUAAAAUGUUGCAUUCUGAAUUCAUCUUUUUAAAAUGGGGCAUGUACUGUUAAGGUGGCCACUAGCUUACCACUCUGUUUUCCUUAGUCUCAAACAUUCACAUGCUUUUCAAGGCCUUUGAGUUGGCAAAUCCUGAAUAGAUAGUGAAGGUAGGAAAUGGCUCUUCUUAUGCCACAUCUUAGUCUGAUUUUGAAGUCAGUUGUGUAAGUUUGGGCUGACAAUCGUAUUUCCCAGUGAAGACUUGUUGCCAAGAAUUCAUACCAUUCUGAUUAUUUUAUUCUAGUGGAUAAAAAUUCAACAUAUAUUUCAGUAUAUUUUUGAAAUCUGUGCUUGUCCAACAUAGGGCCGUAGAGGCUGAUAAAAAGAGAAUGUUGUGAUUUGAGCUUUUGUAAAAGAUACAGUGAUGCUGGAUAAAAUAUUUCAAAUGGUUAUGAAAAUGCCCAUAGUUUAAUUUUUUAAAUCGGUUCUCUGAAAUCUUGAUAUGUUAUGCAUGUUACAAUUUAAGCAAUGAGAAUGAAAUUCGAAGUCUAAAUUCUCAGCAUCUUCCCUCAAUCUUGAGUGGAGAGACAGAGGAAGCAAACGCCAAGGAGCCUUCUAAUUUUGACCAUAUGAUCAUUAACUAAAGGCAGCAAGGGGUUGUAAACUAAUCUUAUAUAGUCAAUGUUUCAUAGAAUGCUUUGGUUGCAAUCAGGUUUUUUAAAGACUUUAAAGGUUUUUUGUAUGUUAUAAUAUAUGCUUAUGUUUUCUAAAAAUUAUGCAGUAUGCACAAAGGGCAUAAAGUCAAAAAGUAUGUCUCCCUCUGUGACUUCAUUCUCACACCCAAGAGGUAUAUAAUUUCUUGUGUCUUGUAUAGUCUUUCAGAAAUGUUAUCAUUUAUUUUAUAUAUGCCUCUCUCUAUAUGCCUCUUCCUGUUCUUCCUUAUUUUAAAUGUUCAGUUUUGUGACUUUGUUCUUGUUUAACUUGGUUGUCUUUUCAUAUUACCACAUCCAGCUCUAACUCAUUAUUUUAAUGUCUCCAGGAUUCCAUUAUAUGGAUGUCCCUUUUGGAGAACAGUUGUUUAUAGACUUUUCUACUAAAAAUAUUGUUACAAUGAUAAUAUCCUUAUGCAUAUAUGAAGAUUACUCUUGAUUCUGCCUGACUGGAAACUUUCAAUAAAAUAGACAUCAUUCUAUUUUGAGACUCACCAGAUGUGUAGGUAUGAUCUUGUGCUUCCCUAUUUAAGAAAUUCUUCAAUUUAAAGAAGAAGAAAAAAAUAUCUCUAAUUGACUGAAGAUACAUGAAAAAUUCUAUGCUUUUAAAUUAAAACUAUUAAGGCAGUCAGUUCAUUGAAAGAUUGUGCAAGCUCACAUCUGUUUUGCACCUUAAUUUUUUCAUUGUCCCUACUCAUGAGUCUAAAAGUGCAUGGCUUGGGGCUAUACUUUGUUUUACAGUUUGUUGGUAUCGUGCCUUUUCUUAUCUACAUUAGCUUAGACUAUACCUUAUUUUUAAGAAGAGAAAAUAGCAGUUAACUAUGGCAAACUCUAUUUUGGCACAACCACAUGUUUUUUCGUUAUUUCUUCAAAAUUAGCUUCCUAUGCUUUAGAAAAAAAUGUAAAUUAUUACUCCAAAAGUUCUGAUUCUGAUUCCUCAUGGUUUAGAGCUCAGAAAUUUCUUAACUUGUAUUUCCUGUUAGUCAAGCACAGGAUUUGUUUCCUGCAAAAGUUUAUUUUCCUUAAGGAAUACUUGUCCUAAUAGCUGAUAGAAAGUACCUUUGCACUUUAAAUCCUAGAACUAGGGAACAAGGAAAUUUACUGAGAAGUUCAAAAGAAAGAAUAACAGAACCUUCUAGGCAGCAGGGCAUGUUUAGAAAAUGUUAAUACACCAUGAUUUUUGAAGACCAAUUUUAGUUCAGGAGGUGGUUUUAAAUACUGGAUGAAAACUUACAGGCCGAAUUCAAUAUUCAUUUCUGAAAUGCUUUAGUAUGAUAGAUAAAUUUGGUUAAGUUCUUGUUCAUUGUGAAAUACUGUUGGAAGAAUUUUUUUCAAAAUAAAGACUUACGAAUUUAUGUACCA